AUGAAGGCCGCCAUUCUUACCGUCUUGGGCAUCCUGUCCGUGGCAAUGGCCGCGCCCAGCGGCAACCUAGCCUCGCGCGAGACAGCAAACGAAGCAACCGACCGUCUCCUCUUCAGCACCUCCAUCAGCAACUUUGAAACGGCUCGGAAUGCUAAGAACCCUCCGAGUCUGGACUGGAGUUCGGACGGAUGCAGCUCGUCGCCCGACAACCCGCUCGGGUUCGACUUCCUCUACUCCUGCCACCGCCACGACUUCGGCUACCGCAACUAUAAGAAGCAAUCCCGCUUCACCGACGCCGGCAAAGCCAAGAUUGACCUCAAUUUCAAGAACGACAUGUACAACCAGUGCGAGAGCGAGUGGCUCGAGAGUCUGUGUAAGGACUUUGCGGACUUGUAUUACACGGUUGUCAAGGAGGUGGGGUCGAAGAGGGCUGUGGAGAUUAUGGAGAGGGAGUCGAAACUGAAGAGGGAGGCCAAGGCGAUUUUGGAGGCGCGGGACAGGAAGGCCAGGACCGCGAGGGAGGAGUGA